CACCGACCCGGAUCGUCGCGGAGCGCCCCAAGAUGAGCCCCCCGCUCGGCCGCCGGCACCGGAGCCCGGUGGGAUCGCGCCAGGCUGCGGGGCGACGCUCACUCCUUCCUGUGCUCCUCUCUUUGCACAUCACGGAAGGGGUCGGCGAGCUGGCGCUCAUCGACCCCGAGGUGGCCAAGAAGGCGUGCGAGGAGGUCCUGGAGAAGGUCAAGCUGAUGCGCGGCGUUUCCUCGGACGGCUCGGACGCGCCGCCGCGCGCCGCCGCGGAUCUGCCCAACGGAGACGCCGGAGAAACCUGUGAGAUCAAGUGCUUGGACGACGACGCGGCCUCGAGGAUCCAGGAGGAGGACGAGAGCACGGCCAACACGGUGAAAGUCGCCCGGAGGCGGCAGAAGAAUAACUCGGCGAAGCAGUCCUGGCUCCUGCGCCUCUUCGAAUCCAAACUCUUUGAUAUCUCCAUGGCCAUUUCAUACUUGUACAACUCGAAGGAGCCCGGCGUGCAGGCUUACAUCGGGAAUAGGUUGUUCUGCUUUAGGAACGAGGACGUGGACUUCUACCUGCCGCAGCUGCUCAACAUGUACAUCCACAUGGACGAGGACGUGGGCGACGCCAUCAAGCCCUACAUCGUGCACCGCUGCCGGCAGAGCAUCGACUUCUCGCUGCAGUGCGCGCUGCUGCUGGGCGCCUACUCCUCGGACAUGCACAUUUCCACUCAGCGACACUCCCGCGGGACCAAGCUGCGCAAACUCAUCCUCUCGGACGAGUUGAAGCCAGCCCACAAGAAGAGGGAGCUGCCGUCGCUGAGCUCGGCCCCCGACAUGGGGCUGUCCCCUUCCAAAAGGACUCACCAGCGGUCCAAGUCGGAUGCCACCGUCAGCAUCAGCCUGAGCAGCAACCUGAAGCGCACGGCCAGCAAUCCCAAAGUGGAGAGCGAGGAAGAGCCGGUGCGGCUGGCUCCGGAGCGCGAGUUCAUCAAGUCGCUCAUGGCCAUCGGGAAGCGCCUGGCCACGCUGCCCACCAAGGAGCAGAAGACGCAGCGCCUCAUCUCGGAGCUGUCGCUGCUCAACCACAAGCUGCCCGCCCGCGUGUGGCUGCCCACGGCCGCCUUCGACCACCACGUGGUGCGUGUGCCCCACACGCAGGCUGUGGUGCUCAACUCCAAGGACAAGGCUCCCUAUUUAAUCUACGUGGAAGUGCUUGAAUGUGACAAUUUCGACACAGCGAAUGUGCCCGCGCGCAUCCCCGAGAACCGCAUCCGGAGCACGCGCUCGGCCGAGAACCUGCCCGAGUGCGGCAUCACGCACGAGCAGCGCGCCGGCAGCUUCAGCACCGUCCCCAACUACGACAACGACGACGAGGCCUGGUCGGUGGACGACAUCGUGGAGCUGCAGGUGGAGCUGCCCGAGGUGCACACCAACAGCUGUGACAACAUCUCCCAGUUCUCCGUGGACAGCAUCACCAGCCAGGAGAGCAGGGAGCCCGUGUUCAUCGCGGCCGGAGACAUCAGGCGGCGGCUCUCGGAGCAGCUCGCGCACACGCCCACGGCGUUCCGGAGGGAUCCCGAGGACCCGUCCGCCGUGGCCCUCAAGGAGCCUUGGCAGGAGAAAGUGAGGAGGAUCAGGGAAGGGUCGCCCUACGGCCACCUGCCCUCCUGGCGCCUGCUCUCCGUCAUCGUCAAGUGCGGGGACGACCUCCGGCAGGAGCUGCUGGCCUUCCAGGUCCUCAAGCAGCUGCAGUCCAUCUGGGAGCAGGAGCGGGUGCCCCUGUGGAUCAAGCCAUACAAAAUCCUGGUCAUCUCCGCCGACAGCGGCAUGAUUGAGCCGGUCGUGAACGCCGUGUCCAUCCACCAAGUGAAGAAGCAAUCCCUGCUUUCGCUGCUGGAUUAUUUCCUGCAGGAACACGGCAACUACACGACCGAAGCCUUCCUGACCGCCCAGAGGAACUUUGUGCAGAGCUGCGCCGGCUACUGCCUCGUGUGUUACCUGCUGCAGGUCAAGGACAGGCACAACGGCAACAUCUUGCUGGACGCGGACGGCCACAUCAUCCACAUCGAUUUCGGGUUCAUCCUCUCCAGCUCCCCGAGGAAUCUGGGCUUCGAGACGUCCGCCUUCAAGCUCACCACGGAGUUUGUGGAUGUGAUGGGCGGCCUGGAUGGGGACAUGUUCAACUACUACAAGAUGCUGAUGCUGCAGGGCCUCAUCGCCGCGCGCAAGCACAUGGAUAAAGUGGUGCAGAUCGUGGAGAUCAUGCAGCAAGGGUCGCAGCUGCCCUGUUUCCACGGCUCCAGCACCAUCCGCAACCUCAAGGAGCGGUUCCACAUGAACAUGACGGAGGAGCAGCUGCAGCUGCUCAUCGAGCAGAUGGUGGACGGCAGCAUGCGCUCCAUCACCACCAAGCUCUACGACGGCUUCCAGUACCUC